AAAUGGGUAUCCCUCCUCCAACCGUGUCACACGCGGCGUUGCGAGGAUCUUCCACGUCUACUACUAAUGGACCUCAGAUGACUGGGCCGCGACCUGCUCCACUAGGAGGCGAUCCUCCACUCAGUCUUGAACACCCUCCAGGAUACCAGCAAGACGUUAGUGCGUCUGAGUUCAGUAGCCAUCAAAGAGCUGCUCACCAAGCUGCAGUAGCAUCAUCGGCAGAGAGGGGCUAUCAAAUUCAGCCGGAAGAAGGAGUAUGGGACACUGCGAAGAAAUGGGCGCAAGCUGCUGGUGGUAGUUUGGCUGCGGCCGAGCAAGAAGUCUGGCGAAGAAUCAACAAAGACUAGCAUAGUCAGUCACGAGUUCUACGUGUCAGCGUAUCAAUCAACUUCACACUAUCAAAUACCAAACCCAUCACUUUGAG